UGUCCCUUGUUGGAACCUCUGAAACACGCUGUAUGCUCUAAUACUACGUAAACCCUAAUUCCUCCAUUUGAAAGGCUGGGUAGGUCUUCUCUUCCACUUCUGUUACUUCUCAGCAUGUUUUUUAGGGUUUAAUCAAGAGACAUUAAUGGCGCUGAGUGGCACAGACAAAGAGAUAAGAACGCAGACUUCUUCACUCCCAUACAACAACCACCACUUGAUUCGUGAAUCCUCGUCAGAAACCAUGGAUCAUAUUCAUGGGUCGGACCCAGAUCGGUUUGGGGGAUCUGGAGCUUCAGUUACACCCAUAUCAGUGGGAUCUAGGCUCUUGAAGUCUCCGCCGCCGCCGGUAAGGUACCGAGAGUGCUUGAAGAACCAUGCCCUCAACAUCGGUGGCAAUAUCACUGACGGAUGCGGCGAGUUCAUGCCGUCAGGUGACGACGGAACCCUAGAAGCACUCAAAUGUGCCGCUUGUAACUGCCACCGUAACUUCCACCGCAAAGAAACCACCAUCGCCACCCCUACCGCCGGACCAUUUCUUCAGCUCCCUCCUCCAUUACCCUCCCCCUCAUCGUUGUUCAACCAUCACCAGCGUACGUCAACAAUCUCCCUCCACCACCACCACCACGCGAACUGGGCACCCUCCAUUAACGCUCCCCCGGUGAAAAUUGCGGUGGGGGGAAGCGGUGCUGCAACCGAAUCCUCCAGCGAAGAGCUGCAUUUCACGGCGGCAGCGCCGUAUGGGGUGGUGAAAAGGAGAUUUAGGACAAAAUUUACGCAGGAUCAGAAGGAGAAGAUGCUUGAAUUUGCAGAAAAAGUAGGGUGGAGGAUACCAAGAGAAGAUGAUCCAGAGGUUCAAAGAUUUUGCGCAGAGGUAGGAGUUAAACGACAAGUUCUCAAGGUCUGGAUGCAUAAUAAUAAAGUCAUUUCUGGGAAGAAGCAAGUUCAAGAUUCCAAUGAAACCAUUGAUUGAUUGUACGGUACAAUCCAGUUAUGCAGUAGAAUGUUUUAAUGUGUAUAGAGAGAUGGACUCUAUGUUAUCGUUUUCUUUGUGUUCUUAUUUCUAUUUCUUGAUUGUAAGGAGUUUAUUGAAAAUCUACAAAUACU